AGUUCCGAAAAGCUAGCCGAGAGGUGCGGAAAACCCAGAGUCGUAAUAAGAACAACACAGACAAGAGCAUACAAAAUGCAAGCGCUGUCCCAUUGAAAUUGAAUGUGAUUGGUUAACUUCACAUCAGUCGAUUAUGGAAGCAAUCUGAUGAACCUGUGUUGUUCUGUUCUCUGGUGUUGCAUUUUUUUUAAAGUUUUUUGUCUGGAAAACGUGGUGCAACAGGUACGAACUAUAUACAUGAAUCUAAAGGUUCUUAGGAGGUACUGCAGUGCUCAUCCAUUGAUUAGAAUUUUAUCGCAUGAACAGUUACUAUUGAUCUAUAUCUCUGAAUAUACUAUGAACACGAUGAUGAAUCUGUGAUCGAGCGGUACUAGUUCGUUCGAGGACGACUUCUCGAGUUCAAUACUUAUUCAUCAGUGUACUUCACCGGGGUACUUCAGAUGUAAAGGACGAGCUGUGGCCGGCCUGGUCGUUUUGAUUAUCUGUGUGAGCACGAGAUAUUCGUGAGCUGCGAUCAUGGCGGGGCGCAGUGUCACCGUGACAAGAGCCAGUCUUGGACGGAAAGCCCAGCUGGGAGACCUGUAUGAUAUCAGGACAGAGAAAUUUCUGAAUGAAACCCUAUUCGUUUCAAAACUCGAAGACAAUAUGGUAGAAACUAGGGACAUUGCCAAGACGGAGAUUGAGAUAACAGAAUCUGACAGUUGGCAGGAGAAGUGCGAGAAACUCGGUGUAGAAGAUGCACUACAGCUGAGUGUUACAGUCGGAAUGGUAGAGCUCAAUGGAUCAGGAGCUUUCCUUAGAGACGAGCGGAGGAGUGCAAUGACCCAAAGCAAGAGUCUCAUCUACAAGCUGAGUACUGUCAACGAAGAGGUAGCAAUAAUCCAGAACAGAGAUAUCAUUGACAAGGAUAUCCUAUCCGAUCCAAACACCCCUGCGACGCAUGUUGUAGUAGGCAUUGAUCGGGGGGCCCAAUGUACAGUUACGUGCGAGUAUGAGAAUAUUGAGAAUAAUGACGGUUCGGCUGUUAGGGCAGAUGCAGGUGUCGAGCUUGGAAACCUUAGGGAUAUUCUUCUUGCACAGGGAGCGACAAAUGUCUACGUUGAUGAUGAGAAGGGGAAGGUUGAAAGUGGAAGGCUUUCUUAUAAAUGUAGGGCCGACGUUUUGAUUACAAACGAAAAUAACCCCGACACAUUCGAAGGAGCGCUUAGGCUUGCGAAGUCUUUACCCGCUUUUGUGAAAAAUACUAGCUAUGGUAAUGGGGUCCCACUCAAAUACUAUCUCUUGCCUGUAGAAACUAUUAGAAAAAAGUUCAAUGUCAAGGCAGCUGAAAACAUGGUACACAAGGAAGUUGACGAAUGUAUAAUUCAGAAAGCUGCACAGGUCUUGGAAAAGGUAAAGGAAAAAAGUCAAAAGAUAUAUCAUGACAUAAAGCUUAAUAAUGCAUUAAUUUCUGAUGAAGUCCUCAGGAGAAUUGAUAUGGUUUGGGGAGAUUCUUUGUUUGUGCAAGAAUCACGUUUCAAAACUGAACUACAAGAGAUAGUUAAAAGGGUGAGAUCGGGAGAAGAUGCAUCGAGUGUCCUCGAAGAGUUCCUGAGUAAACUGCACUCUGAAGAAUUAUCUGCUUUGAAGUACGAAGAGGAAUUUGAACCGUACCUGAAGAAGGUCAGGGUUAUCAGGCCGAUGCUAAGCAAGGGGAUCAAAUACAUCGGUAGGAACGAUGAACUAGUUAUAUGUGCGAAAGAAAAUACUUUCGUUUUCUACAUCCCAAAGGGCGCCGACGUUGAAUUUGUGGAAAAAAGUCGAGACUUAUUCAUGCGAUUGCUUUCCACUUAUUCAAGGUACGAGUCCUUUAAAUUUAUUGUUGUAGACCAGGAAUCUGUAGCUACCCAUGUCUGGCUAGAUCAAGGAAAGAAGCCAGUAAUUAAGAAGUACGAAAAUGGCGUACUUACAAUAGAAGACCUGUUUGAGAAAGAGGGCGAAUUCAUCGAUGCGAGUAUGAUUCAAAUUAUAAAUCCAGAACCAAGAACUGACAUCCCGAAUGAACGUACAUUGGUCACGCUAAGAUGUCCGAAUGCUCUAGGUGGCAACGGGCGUUGUUCUGCUGACCCAUCCAAAUGGAGAUGUUCGAAAUGCAAACGGUUUGUCGAGUAUCUCACAGCGUUCAAACUAUUUUACUGCAAAUGUGGAAUGUCAAGUCCUCAAGAUUCAAAGUUUCGUUGCAAUGACUCACGACAUGGUAUGGACUUUGUGGGAUAUCCGAAGGUCUUGCUGGAGGGCGAACUUUCCCAAUUGGAAGCAAUGAAAGAAAUGAACAUCCUCAUUCUAGGUGAAACAGGAGUUGGUAAAUCCACCUGGAUCAACAGCAUUCAAAACUACUUGUCAUUUAACAAUAUACAUGAAGCCGUGAACCAAAAAGACUUUCCGGUUUUGAUCCCAUCAUCGUUCACCUUAACCCAAGAUGGUGAGCAAAGAAAAAUUAAGAUAGGGAUAGACGAUCCCAAUGAGGUGCAAGAAACUGGAAAAUCGGCAACAAAAGAACCUCGGUCAUAUGUCUUCACCGUUGGCGACAGACGAGUGCGAUUGAUUGACACACCAGGUAUAGGUGAUGUAGAUGGUUAUGAGCAGGAUGAAAUCAAUAUGAAGAGAAUAUUGUCUCACCUUACUUCCUACUCUCAGAUACAUGCGAUAUGCAUAUUUCUGAAACCAAAUAAUGCAAGGCUUACCGUAAUGUUCCGAUUUUGCAUCCAAGAACUGCUGGUUCAACUGCACAAAUCAGCCAAGAACAACAUCGUUUUCUGCUUCACGAACGCUCGCCAGACUUUCUACCAGCCAGGCGACACCUUACCAGUUCUUAAUGAAGAGCUUGAGAAGAAAAACGUCGGUAUACAAGCAACGAAGGAUAAAUACUUUUGUUUCGAUAACGAACCUUUUCGGUUCCUUGCCUGCACUAAGAACGGUGUCACGUUCGGCGAGGCAGAAAUCGUCACCUACUCGUCCAGUUGGGACAAGUCUGUAGAGGAAACAAGGCGUCUCCUAGAUUACAUCGAACGCCAACUUAAGCCGCAUAGAGUGAGAGAUACGGUGGGUUUGAACGAAGCUCGGAGAAUCGUCAUAGUAACGAGUAAACCCUUAGCAGAAGUAGCAAAUACAAUCAAUCACAAUCUUGAUGCAGCAAGAGAAACAAAAGCUAAGAUUGGCCAUGCAAAUACUGAAAUGAUCUCUUUGAAGAAAGACUUGAAAUUCAAAGGAUAUGACCUACAACAGAAGGAACUAGGAUAUCCAAAGACAGUGUGCGCUGCCCCUGAUUGCGUCACAUACAUCCCAGUCGGACAGACAAAGGUACAUAACACAGUGUACAAGACCGUAUGUCACUCUCACUGUUAUAUUGCAGGUGUGCCAAUCGAAACAACAGGUAAUCCUAAACUUGCUGAAUGUGCGGCCAUGACUGACCAAUACUGCGAUACCUGCACUCACAGUUACCAGCAGCAUAUGCACUUGACAUACGAAUUACAAAUAACAGAGAAGGAGUUUCUGUCAACCCACACUCAACAACAAAUCAACACCAUUUGCAACUUUAAAGCAAAGAAGGAAGCAUUCAUUAAUGAAAUCAACAAGAAAGUUGAAGAAUUGAAAGCUGAGCAAAAAAUCAUCUUGGCAACUGGAGCAAAGUUUGGGUCGUACCUGGAGGCAAAUGCUCUCAUUACAUACAACGACGCUGUGGAAGAAUACCUGGAAAUGUGCAUUAAGCAAGAGAAAGCAAAACCAGUCACACUUCGAAAGGAAGGUGUGCUAGAGAACAUGAGUAAGAUGAAAGCAGAAUACAAGAAGCAGAGAGAAAUUUUUGACAACGCUAUCGCUGGGGGAGCUAACGAAAAUAUCAAGACACCAGAACAGGUAAAAGAACUUCAAGAAGAACUCUUUAAGCUGAAACAUUUUGGUGGCACUUUGAAGAAAUUGUUUGAGGAAAUUUCUAUUCUGCACACAGCCAAUGACAAACCUUUCAAAGUGGUACAUGUACAACCUCCCAGAAGAACCUCUCGAAUGAAGAACAUGGUGACCACGGUUACCAACUAUGUUAGUAAUUUGUUUUAUUGGCGUUAGACAACAUAUUAGUUAUACGAAAAUGGGAUUUGGUCUGUCGGAUGUGCGUCAUGCAACACUAAUCAGGAGAGCUAAAUGAACAUCCAAAGGGACCAAUUUUCGGGACGAGAAUUGGACAAGACUUUUAACUCCGUCUUCUCAGAAAUAUUAAAGUACCCUUGAUCUUGUAGGAAGUAAAUUACCUAAAUAUAUUGACGCAAGAAGCAUGUGUAAACGAACGAGAAAAAAAUCAUGUAUCCUGUUGUAGCCUAUUCUUUUGACUGAUAUUUUUCACAUUCAACAAUUUUAAGCAUACCGGUAUGGUGCGGAUUCAAUGAUACAUUGUGGCUGUCCUCCGCAAUUUGAGGAGGAGGGGAAAGGAAGAGUGUGUCACGCUUAAAAAAGAACUUACAGUAACCCUCAAUUCUCAUCCAGGGUAGUCGUCUCAUUUGGCAAUUACGGGAUAGAUGAAAACUCGGUGCAGUUCGGAGAUCCAUCAAAGUCACAAGCAAACCUUUAGAGGAGGCAAUGAUUAUUAUCACAGUUUUGAUACAGCACAAGAAACAUAACUAAAAUAACAAUUCUUCUAGUUUCUAAAGAGAGUUCCUGCGGAGAAGACCUCAAUUUCAAACAAUAUCUGAUCAGUGGGCUUUGGCAUGAUAUUACCAUGGCUAUUAAGCCGACAUUGAGUGUCCAGAGGAGUGUCCAGAGUACCUCCCAUUUUGCUGGACGAAAGCUACAGAAUACAGUUGUAUGCAAUGAAAUAUUUUGUCAAUCCCGAUAUCCACCUAAUGGUGUUCCACUUGAUACAAGGGAAAUGCUGGAUAUUAUACCGCACCUGUCAUAUGCCUACCAUGAUUGUCAAAACGUUGCCCCUACUCUAAAAAUAAAAAAGGACAAAUCACAGAGUUUUUCUGCUACAAUUAUGUGGUAUUAGUUGGCCCACAUCGUCAUUAGCUUUAAACUUGUCAUCUGUAUCUGAUUGUAACGAUUGCAUAGUUUUAAGGUCUAAAGUAAUUUUACGAGUUUAAGUAUGCGUCGCUUAAUCAUGAUGUGGUCUUUCUGGAAUAAUAACUUCAAACUUUUAUGAAAUGAUAUAUUUUUCCUGAGUAGUUAUUUAAUUUGUCAAGUUUAUUUAGCCGGGCAGGCUAUAAUCUAGAUACUGCAAAUGUGGAAUGUCAAGUCCUCAAGAUUCAAAGUUCCGUUGCAACGACCCACGUCACGGUAUGGAAUUUCUGGUAUAUCCGAAGGUCCUGCUGGAGGACGACCUUUCCCAAUUGGAAGCAAUGAAAGAAAUGAACAUCCUCAUUCUAGGUGAAACAGGAGUUGGUAAAUCCACCUGGAUCAACGGCAUUCAAAACUACUUGUUUUGAUUUUAUACUGAUGAUCUAAGAUCACGUAAUCAUGACAGAUCAAAAUACUAGUAACGCGGAAGAUGGACCGCAGUCAUUGAGCGCAUUGGCAAUCAAACUGCCACCUUUUUGGAAAACGGAUCCCCUGGUGUGGUAUGCUCAGGUUGAAGCACAGUUUACAACGUGUGGAAUUACUGCCGAUGCGACAAAAUACGCGCACGUAAUUGCGGCGCUCCCUCAAGAAGUAGCUCAAGAAAUACGAGACAUUUUGAUAAAUCCAAGUUGAUCGCACGCGUGAGUGCAUCAGAGCAACGGCGUGUACAGAUGCUUUUGACGGAGGAAGAGCUUGGGGACUUGGUGAGCAGCUAUUAGGCGACCAAAAGCUAGAAAAGGGCAUUUUCAAACAGCUUUUUCUACAAAGGCUCCCGGUCAACGUCAGAUUAAUAUUGGCGUCAACUAGCGAAGCGUUAUCGCUGAGCGAUUUGUCGGAACUAGCAGACAAAAUAAUCGAAGCACAGCCCGAAAGUUAUGGCGCAAUAUCCGCUGUCGCGCAGAAAUCCGGAGAAGCCAAACCGCGCAAUGAUCUGGAAAAUCAAGUCAGUGAGCUAACUCGGUUAGUUAGGGAACUCACGACCGUUGUUGGAAACAUGCAGCGACGCCAAAGUCGUAGUAGGAGUCGUAGGCGUGACACAAACGCCCGACGCGAUGCGCAGUCUAGCACCGGUGCAGCAGCCAGCGAACUAUGUUGGUACCACAGCAAGUAUGGCGAUAAUGCUCAUUGCUGCCGUCCGCCGUGUGCGCACCAGACGGAAAACUAGCGGACCAGCGGAUAGCGGCGGCGAAACCGGCUGGUCACACGGAGAGCCGCCUGUUCUACGUUAGAGAUGUUGAUGCUCACACAAAAUUUCUUGUUGAUACCGGCGCAGCAGUCUCGGUAUUUCCCGUGACUCAACAACGCGCGCUUGUAAAUCCGACAUGACACUGAAGGCAGUCAAUGAAUCAACCAUUGACACUUACGGGCGACGUUCGAUCACCCUGAACUUAGGUCUACGGCGCAAAUGUCAAUGGGUAUUCGUUAUCGCCGAUGUGGCUACACCCAUAUUAGGUGCAGAUUUUUUGCACCACUUUCGAUUGCUCGUAGAUAUGCACCGAUACAAGUUGAUCGAUAGCGUAGCUGGAUUAAACGUGAAUGGCAAGCCUUCAGACUCUCUGCGUAUUAGCCCAGUUAUCGAUACAACCGACAAUACUGAUACGUACCAUGAUCUUCUGCGCGCUGAGUACAACGACAUCACUGUACCCAUUUACAAGCGCAGGCGCUGAAGCACGAUGUAGCGCACUACAUUGGCACCUGCGGACCGCCAGUGAACGCAAAACCACGCAGACUUGCUCCAGAUAAGCUGAAAAUAGCGCGAGAUUAAUUUCAGCACAUGCUAGACUUGAACAUUAUCCGCCCGCCAAGCAGCCAGUGGUCUUCACCCCUGCAUAUGGUUCCGAAGAAAACCAAAGGUGACUGGCGACCUUGCGGUGACUAUCGGGCGUUGAAUAACAGAACCAUACCUGACAGGUACCCCGUUCCGCAUAUUCAAGAUUUUUCAUCCGGGUUGAAAGGCGCGCGGAUCUUUUCGAAGGUCGACCUGAUACGAGCCUAUCACCAAAUACCAGUGAAUCCCAAUGACAUUCAUAAGACGGCAAUUACCACCCCGUUUGGUAUGUUCGAAUUCUUGCGGAUGCCUUUCGGUCUUAGAGAUGCGCCGCAAACCUUUCAGAGGUUUAUUGAUGAAGUAGUGCGAGGCCUACCGUUUGCAUAUGCGUAUAUUGAUGAUUUGCUGAUCGCGAGCAAUAGCGAAGCUGAGCAUGAGCAGCAUUUACGCAUGUUAUUUGAACGCUUCCGGAAAUACGGUGUUGUAGUUAAAUCCGAAGAAGUGCGAGUUUGCGAAGAGCGAACUAGAUUUUCUCGGAUAUCAUAUCAACUGCAAUGGCGUUAGCCCUCUUCCUGCGCGCGUGGAGGCUCUCCAAGAGUGCAAGGUUCCGAAUAACCUUAAGGAAUUACGCGGUUUCCUCGGUCUUGUGAAUUUCUAUAGGCGAUUCGUGCCUCGUUGCGCCGAAAUCUUGAUGCCGCUCACUGACCUCCUCAAGAGCCAACAACGAAGGUCACGCAAGCCACUUCAGUGGACGCCAGCAUGUGAAGCAGCUUUUGCGCGCAUUAAGACAGAGCUAGCCAAAGCAACUCUCUUAGCGUAUCCCAACAGCGACCUUCCGCUGAGUAUCGCAUGUGAUGCUUCCUACAGAACAAUCGGCGGAGUCCUUCAGCAGUUGAAGGACGACGCAUGGCAACCUCUCGCAUUUUUCUCCAAGAAAUUGCAGCCAGCAGAAACCAGAUAUAGUGCAUUUGGACGCGAACUGCUUGCAAUAUACUUGCCGAUCAAACACUUUCGUUACAUGCUUGAUGGACACACCUUCUGUGUGUUUACCGACCACAAGCCCCUGACCUAUGCGUUUAAUGCCAAAGCAGACCGUCACAGUCCGCGCGAAAUCCACCACUUAGAUUUUAUUUCGCAAUUCACGACUGACGUAAGGUUUGUCAAAGGUCAGGACAACAUAGUGGCCGAUACGCUGUCCAGACCAAGUACGAAUGCUUUGUACGCGGACACAUGCGUUGAUUACUCCAUGAUCGCCGAUGCGCAAAAGACCGAUGCAGAGUUGAAAGCAUUGCUCGAUUCUGGAUCUGAUACCAGCAUGGUACUCAAAUCGGUGCCGCGUAUUAUGUUCGGAGGAACUAUUAUCUGUGAUGUGUCUCAUGGACGCACUCGUCCAUUUGUGCCGAAGAGUCAUCGUAGGGCCGUGUUCAAUGCUGUCCAUGGUUUGUCACAUCCGGGCGUGCGCGCCACGCAACGGGCUAUUAGGUUGCGUUUCGUUUGGCCCGGCAUGAACAACACUGUUCGCAAGUGGGCACAAGAGUGUUUACCUUGUCAAAGGUCUAAGACGCACAAACACACCAGAGCACCGCUUGGUACGUUUAGCACACCGGAUGCACGAUUUGCCCACGUGCACAUAGACUUAGUUGGACCUUUGCCUCCGUCUAAUGGCUAUACCUACUUGCUUACAUGUAUAGACAGGUUUACGCGAUGCCCUGAAGCUAUUCCGUUAACGGACAUGUCUGCCGAACACGUUGCAAAGGCCCUCAUUCAAAGGUGGAUUUGGGGCGCCCGAUGUAAUUACCACCGAUCGUGGUCGACAGUUUGAAUCGAAACUUUUCGCCGAACUUAUGAAAUUAAUAGUAACCACGCGAAAGAUUCCACCGCCAGCUCAAAGCCGCACUGAAAGCGCACGACAAUGCUAGACUUUGGCAUGAGCAUCUGCCCGUGACACUUCUUGGUAUCCGUACCACCGUAAAAGAAGACUUGUCAUGCUCUCCCGCAGAGUUGGUAUACGGGACUACUCUGCGAUUGCCUAGACAGUUCAUAGCAAGCAAGCAGGUUGAAGUGGAUCCAGGCAAUUACGUGUUGCGUUUACGUCAGCACAUGGCUGCGAGUACAGCCACACCGACAAGGGCGAAGGACGGCCGAAGUUACGUUCCCCGAAACCUGCUAAAAUGCUCGCACGUUCUUGUUAGAGUAGGCGCGGUGCGUAAGCCUUUGGAGCCUCCUUACAAAGGGCCAUACAAGGUUGUAAAACGUAAUGAAAAGUUAUUUACGAUCGAACUUAAUGGCAAGCGCGACCAAGUUAGUAUCGAUUGCUUAAAAGUGGCGUAUGUUGAGGAGGAGGAAAUAGUCACUACCUCCAAUACCUCAGUCCGUCAAACCAGGUCUGGGAGGAAGGUCCAUUUUCCCAAGCGUUAUGUAGCAGCUUGUGAUUAAGUGGCUGCGAUAAUUAUAUUGAUUUUGAAAGAUUUGAUUUGUAACAUAAUGUUGUAUUAUAGGUAGUGUAAGUAUUGUGUAAACAUCGUAAGCAAGUGAUUUUUCAAAUGACUUCCUUACUAAGGGGGGAUUUAAUGUAGUGAAUUGAAUUGAAUUGAAUUGAAUUUAUUAUAAUUUCACUGGCAAUUGCCAGCAUUUUGUUCAUAACAAGAAGUACAAAAUGAUACAAGACAAAUAUACAAUGCAAGGAAUAUAAGCAAAUAAACAAAAACAAAAUAGUAUUUCGUCAAAAAGAAAAAAAAAGAAAAAAUAAACAACUUGUAAAUUAUAUACAAAUAUACACAAUAAACAUAGGAAUCAGUCGGAUAGAUAUUUUGACAAUGGAUAUAGAGACUGAUAUCCAAGAAAAGAUAAAGAAAACAUAAAGAAAGUGAGAGAGGAAAGGGAAAUAAAGAGGGAAGAAGUUCGAAAAUGGAGAGAGCGGGAAAGAGAGGAAGAAUGAGAAGAAUGGCAUUACAUGUAAAUUAAUUGUGUAAAAAUAUUGCGAAUAUAUUACUUCAAAGUGUUUACCGGUUGAUAUUUUUAGUACUUAGAAAUCACCCCUAAUAGCAAUUAUGUUUUGGAUAAAAGAACAAAACAGUUUAAUCAAGGCUUCAGUUUCCAAUUUCAUGAUGUAGAUAAAUUUUUCCUGGCACUCCAUUUCAGUAAACCUAAUAUUGAAGGUAAUUAUCUUUUCAAAAAAAUCUUUACGCAAAUCUUUAUAUUUGUUACAUUUCAUUAUAAUGUGGAAUUCAUCCCCGACAAAAUUCAAAUUACAAUCUUCACAAAAUCUCAGGUUAGGUGGUAUCUUCUCCGGUCUUUUGUACCUUCCUGUUUCUAUAGGUAGAUUAUGAGCGCUCAGUCGGAGCUUGGUUAUAUUUUUUCUCAAAUUGACAUUGUGUAUUGAAUAUAAAUAAUUUUCUUGUCUUAUAUUGAAUUUGAAUUGCCUAAAAGUUCUUAAUUUAUUUCCUUCCCUAGUGUCCCUGUCGUUAAAUAAAUCCAAUUCAAAUUGUUCGUCAAAUCUUCUUUCCAAUGAUGUUUUGCAUAUUGUAAUAAAUUCUUUUUGGGAAAUUGGUAUAUUUUCUGGAUCAAGUAUGGGGGUGUCAUUAUUCCGACAAAUAUCUAGUAUGUUAAAAAUAUCCUGAAUUGUCUUAAGCCAGCAAUUGUUUCCGUUAUUCAAUAGACUUACAUUUUCUACAAAAGCUUUGUAAACCAAACUAUCUUCGUCCAUAUUACGUAUUCGAAUCCAAUAUUUCAGUAUAUUUAUGGCAAUUUGGAUGACUUUUGGAUACCUACCGAUUUCAGCUGUCGCUGCUAAAUUACUGCAUUUGCGGUUUACCCCAAGAAUAUAUUUACAAAAUUGAAUGUGCACCUUUUCAGAUUCGUGUUUAAAAUAUAGCCCUGUUUUCCCAUCCAUUAAUCGUAGGUUUUUUUCCAUGUCUAUAACAUUAGUACCCCAAAUUUCAGAUCCAUAAAGUAAUAUCGGUUGUAUCGUUGCAUCGAAAAGAUGCAACAAGGUUUUAGUGCUAGGAGUAUAGGAACCAAAAGAUUUGUACAAUUUGAACAAUGCUCUUCUCGCUUUAUCAGCUAAAUCCCUUGCGGCCACUUUAAGUGAUCCAUUAUUUGCGAAAACAAUACCAAGAUAUUUCAUUUCCCUAACAGUGCAUAGUGUUUCUCCAUUAAUUUCAAAUGAAACCCCUUCGUUCGAUCUCCCUGAUUUUGAGCACACCAUAAUCUUAGUCUUAGAUACAUUUAUGUUUAACAUCCAGGAUUUACAGUAUGCGGUGAAUUUAUCUAAACAGUGUUGCAUACCUUUAGGGGAUUUCGACACAAUAACAAGAUCAUCAGCAUACAUUAUACAAUUUAGUUCUUUAUCAAAAAGUGUUACUGGAUCGCUUACUGAUGUAUCAAAUAUAUUAGUUAUGUCAUUUACAAAUAAAUUAAAUAAAGUUGGACUAAUUACGCAACCCUGUUUUACUCCAAUAUUAGUAUGAAAAUAUGGGGUAACACCUUCGUCUAAUUUGAUCGAUACAUUACAUUUUGAAUACAUGUCACGGAUUACUCUUAAGAAAUUUCCACCAAUUCCAUGUUCUAGUAGUUUGUACCAGAGACCAUCCCUCCAAACGUUGUCAAAAGCCUUUCUUAAGUCUACAAAGCAUACAUAUAAUUUAUUAUAGUUAUCAUUUAUUUUACAUCUUAUAUAUUUAUCAAGAAUAGUUUUUAGAACGAACAUGUGGUCUGACGUUCUAUAACCUGCUCUAAAAGCAAUCUGAUUGACUGUAUUGAGACUAUAUUCUUCUAGAAAUGAUACCAAGCGACGGUUUAGAACUGAGCAAAAAACCUUUCCAAGACAACUUGAGAGGGAUAUCCCUCGAUAAUUUGAGGGAUCGCAAACUGACCCGCUUUUGUAAAGAGGCUUUAUGAGGCUUACUGACCAAUUAUCAGGAAAAUGACCACUGAUAAGGAUUAAAUUAAAUACCUUUGACAAAACUGGUGACAACAUAAAUUUUCCAGCUUUCAACAUUUCGUUCAAAAUAGCAUCAUUACCUGGGGCUUUCUUUCUCUUCAAAGUUUGAAUACAGUCUAACACUUCAUUGGGAGUGAUCUUAAAAUCAAGAGAUGAAAACGUGUCCUGUAGUUUUGGGUUAUUUACAUGAUUCUUAAUUUCAUUUUGAUCUUUUGAAAGUAGGGGUUUGUGAUUCAUGAGUUCUUUAAAAUACUCAAACCACCGUUUUGGUUGUAUGUUAUUUACUGGACUUUUUCUAUCAGUGUGCAGUUUUUCUAGGUCGUUAAUCAGAUCCCAAUAAAGUUUAGGGUUCUCACUUUGAA